AUGACGAGGCACCUCAGGGUUCCACUUUCAGCAAUUGAACCUCAGAUUCAAAACUGGAAAGCUUCAUCCGAAUCCAAUGUGCUAGAUCAACUUCUGACCUUAACCGCUGAGGAACAUGAAGCAUUGAAUUUUAUGGAGAUUCCCAACAAUAAGUCCCAAUUCGCUAUAUCAGACCUAGAAGUACUCGAAUGGGUUCAUAUUGGCAGAUAUCGCACAAUCAUUGCUAGCAUGGAGCAGAGUAAAGUCAGAGACAUAGUAUUGAUAACCAGGGUGAUGUCCAAGGAGCAUUCGACGUCAAUAAAGAAUGAGGAUUGGACAAAGAAAAAGCCAAGCGUUAACUACUCAAAGGCUGGUCGCAAAUACCCUAUCCUCAGCAAGUUAAAGCCCACGACAAAUUCAAAACCCAAUGAUCAACAAACACAGCGCAAAUGGCCACGGUGGAGAUUCCCUAUUCAACUGCAGUCAGCUUUCAAACAACGACAAAAGAAUUUCAAGACGAAUAAAAAGCAAGAAGGAGAAGCCAGCAUCGCUUCUUUUUCUACGCAGCUGAGAAAUACUCUAGAUCAUGAUAUCUCCUCUGAGGAUGCAGGGAACCGAAUCAGUGCAAGCAAUACGUUGCCACUUCCUCUUCCCAUUGGGUUAGAGUCUGCCCCAUCUGAGGAACCUCUACAAAACGAGUCUCCGUUUACCUCGCAACAAGAAUCAGCCAUUGAGGCAAUCCUCACACGCGUGCUACAAAGUACAAACAUGACUGGCCCCUCUUUGUCUCCUGGCUCACCCGGCCGCGAUUGUCUACCAGGUGCUCAAGGCCCGCGAGGUCCACCUGGUCCUCCUGGUCCUCCUGGUCCUCCUGGUCCUCCCGGUCCCAUCGGCCGCGCCGGUUCACCAGGUGCCCAAGGCCCGCAAGGUCUGCUUGGUCUUCACGGCCGCGACGGUCUUCCCGGUUGCCAAGGCCCGCAAGGUCUGACUGGUCUUCCUGGCCGCGACGGUUCACCAGGUCCCUCAGGCCCGCGAGGUCCACCUGGCCCUCCCGGUCCCCAAGGCCUGUCAGGUGCGACUGGUCUUCUCGGUUUCCUAGGCCGGCCCGGCCGCGAUGGUUCACCAGGUCCCCCAGGCCCGCGAGGUGCGCCUGGUCCUCCCGGUCCCCAAGGCCUGUCAGGUGCGACUGGUCUUUCCGGUCCCAUGGGCCCGCCCGGCUACGACGGUUCACCAGGUCCCCAAGGCCCGCGAGGUCCACCUGGCCCCCCCGGUCCCAAAGGCCAGGUAGGUUUGCCCGGCCGCGACGGUUCAGCAGGUCCCGUAGGCUGGACCAGCUACAACGGUUCAGCAGGUCCCCAAGGCCUGCCAGGUAAUUCUGGUUAUCCCAGUGAUCCAGGCACGUCAAGGCCGCAUGGCUAUGACGGUCUACCGGGCUUCGAUGAAUCAGCCUCCAGUUCCAGGGAGAGUCUUGCUUCAGAGAGCCGUAUUGAAGACAAUGGCACACACAAGACCCACUUGAAUCCCCAGAGUUUGCUUGGGGAAGAUUCAUUUAUGGCAAGCGUUUCGGAAGGCGAUAUUGAGCAUGGCGUCAGUUCAGGCGAAGAGACUAUUGACGUGGAUGAUGUGAACAGAACUGUGGAUCACCUAUUGGAUAGAUAUACUAUGUGA